AUGCUGCAUUCUGCGAGGAGGUAUAUGCUAUUCAGGCCACGUCUCCUGUGCCAGAGCGGGCCGUGGGCUGCUCGUUUCCAGUCUUCAGUACGAACACCAGCUAGCGAACCGUUAGCAGAGAAUCAGGUCGAUGAAUGGCUUGAAGCGAUCAACGAGUUAAGAGAAGAGUUUUCUGCAAAGGAUUACCUACCAGAAACUUCGCUGGCUCCUCCGGGGCAGUCCAAAGUAGACCUCUUACAGGGUUCGCAGGCGGGCUCCAAGAUAAGGCCAACUGCAGAGCAGUUGGCACAAUGGGAGGCGCUGAAAUCCGUGCCUAUCCCUCCACGUAAGAACGCAACGCUGGAUCACAUCACAAACAUGAUCAUGCGCCACGGUAAGAAGGAAAAGGCCCAAUCCAUCCUGUCUAGGGCCCUGUAUUUAGUGUACUGCCAGACCCGGCAGGACCCCAUCCAGGCUUUGGAAAAAUCACUCGACGAGUUGGCUCCACUAAUGAUAACCAAGACAUUCAACACGGGUGUGGCCAAGGCUUCUGUUAUUCCUGUCCCUCUGAACAAGAGGCAAAGAAAUAGAAUCGCGUGGAACUGGAUCGUGCAGAGUGCAAACCAAAGGGUGUCGGGUGACUUUGCCGUGCGUUUGGGAGAGGAACUCACUGCCAUUACCAAGGGUACCUCGUCCGCCUUUGAAAAGAGGGACCAGAUCCACAAGACAUCCAUUGCUCACAGAGCAUACAUCCAAUUAAAGUAA